AUGAAUUUUCCUUGUGGACCGUUAGAUACGAUCCAAUUGAUCGCUCUCGUCCUAUUUGGACUUCUUACUUUACAAUGUCUAUUGGGCAUUGGUCUCGGAAUUGGUUUUCUUCUUCAACCACCUCUAUACAAUAUUGUGACCAGUCUAAAUUCUGAUUUUAAAACUCAAACUUAUUUUUCCAUUUAUGCACCUCAUAUCCUUCUCAUUAUUGGUAGUGGCAUUGUAGCAAUUCCGAUCAUAUUGGGUGUAUACGGCAUUCUACGACGUCGUUGGCGUUAUCUUAUGAUUUCUCUCGCUUUACUUUCGCUAUACAUGGCACUACUAUCAGGUGCCUGCGCGUCCGGCUUUGCUUAUUUUGACCAAUUGAAAGUAAACCUUCAAAACCACUGUGGCCAAUACACCGCGAAUCCGACAUGUAACUCAAUUCAGACAAUAUAUGGUUGUCCAAGAAAUGAUUGUAUUGGCCGAUUAGAUGAAGUUAUGCAUGCUAGUAAGCAACGUAUUGGCAUAAUUUCCGCCGUGUUUUUAUUAGUGCCAUUCUUAACAAGUAUUGUUAUGAUCCAUCAUAUGCCUCCAGAUAUUCUUUAUUUUAAAUAA